CUGUAAUUAAGACUUAUAUUAAAUAAUUUAAUAUAAAAAUAUAAAUUAUAUAUAAUAUAAAAUUUAAUAUUUUUGAAUUCACAAAAACUUUUAUAUAAAUAAUUUUUUUCUGUACAUUAUAUUUAUAUAUCAAAUUAAUUAUAACUAUUUAAAAUAAAAGAAUAAAUAUAUUUCAUAUAUUUUUAAGAUUUGAUUUAAAUUAGUUUAAUGUAAUAUUUUGUAUCACAAAUAUGAAUAAUCUUUACAUAACCAUAAUAUAGUAAUCAUGAUAUAGAUUGUAUUUAAACGAUACUUAACCUUAAAGUUCUCGUGAAAUAGUUUGAUAAAAGAAAAAAUUAACACAAACAAAUUAAAUAUUUUUUAAAAUCAAUUUAAUAAAAGAAUCUAUUUUUUAUAAUCAAUUUAUUUAAAAAAAUUAAAAACUUUCAAGAAUUAAAAAUUGUAGAUUAGGAAUAUAAAUUUUUCAAAUUUUAUAAAGUUUUAAUUUUAAUGAGAUGAAUAUUUCUCAAAUAUUUUUUAAAAUUGCUACAGAUGAAAAAGUAGGAUUUGCUAUUGCAACAUUAAUAGGUUAUUGUUUAUAUAAAAUAAUGUUAAUAAUUAAUAAAAGAAAAUUGCAAUCUUCUAGCAAUGAAACAUUAAAUAUGAUAUUUUCAGAUAAUUAUAAGCUUAUUUUAGUUAUUAGAACUGACUUAAAAAUGGGAAAAGGAAAAGUAGCAGCACAAUGUGCUCAUGCUGCUGUUGCAGCUUAUAAAGCGGCUAUAAAUUAUCCUAGAAUUUUACAAGCUUGGGAAGAAUGUGGCCAAGCCAAAAUUACAGUUAAGGUUGAUAGUGAUGAUGCUUUGAAAGAAAUAGCAAAACAAGCCAAAGCUAUAGGACUUUUGACAAAUAUAAUACAAGAUGCUGGACAUACCCAAGUGAAACCAGGAAGCAGAACAGUAUGUGCAAUUGGUCCUGGUCCAGCUGAAUUAAUAGAUCAAGUAACAGGACAUUUAAAAUUGUUUUAAUAAUUUACUAAAUAAAGGAUCGCUUUGUGGAAAAAAUACAGAAGAUGGUAUUCCAUUUCCAGCAGGUUCAAAUCUAAAACCUACUGACAUUAAAAGUUCUCGCCAACCAGUGGCAGCACCUACUUUAUUUUCAAUGCUACGCUGUGUUGUAUACAUAGCAUUUUUUUGACCACGAUGUAUUCGUUGUAAUGAUUUUUCUACUAAAUGAAGUGUGACACGUAGUGCAUCACGACUUUGUUCAGGACCUCCGCGUAAUAAUUCAGCAAGUGCUUGUCCCAUUAAAGCAACCUAAAUAAAUUUUAUAAAUAACUGUGUUAAAUCUAAUAAGUUUUUUUUUAAUUUAUACCUUAUUUGAUAAUCUUGCAUCUCCUCCAAUAAGUAACCAUCCAGCCCAAUUUGCAGGAUGUGCAAAAUGUCUUGUAUGUUGAACUGUUUGCAUAGCUUCUGCCAAUGCUCUUGACGCUCUAGCACCUUGUAACAUAGCACUAUAAAAUGCUCGUAAUAAUAUACUACCAGCUGUAGGUGGAACUGCCCACAUUCCUAUAAGUACACAUUGUGCUCCUGCAUUUAAUAAAGCUUUGGCUAAAUUUUGUACACCAUCUGAUGUAGUAGUUGUAUUUUCUGUACUAUUCCAACCAUGACCACUAGAUAUUACAACUAAACGAGCAGAUAUUCUUAAUUUUGUAAUAUCUGAAUAACUUAGCAAAUAUUCUGGUCUUACAGAAGAGUCUUCACAAGGAUCUGCAGUUAAUGCUAAACUAGCAGAAUUCCAGAAAACUGGUACUGUCAAGUGUACACAUUCUGCAUCAGGUAAAGAUCUUAAAACAGUUGAUCUUGUUGCUUCUGUACCUAAAUAAUAAAAAUGAAAAAAAAAUUUAUUUCUAUUUUUUUUUUAAUUUCCUAAAUUUAUAUUGAUAUCUACCGGUUAAAGCACGAGCUUCUAAUAAUUCAGCAACUAUUUCAGAUUCUGUUUCAGUUGAAGUAACACUUUCAGACCAUCCAUAUUCUUCCCUAAUUUCUUCAGGAAGCACAGGAUUCCCUGCAACUAAUGCAGCUACUGUUGCACCUCCUUCUGGCAUAGGAGUUUUUGAUCGCUUUUUUAAAGCUGCUAGAGAUGGUACCACUAAUAAAGAAAAUCUUUCACAUAAAUAAUCUUCUCCAGGAUUUGAUUGUAAAGCUGGAAGUGGAGCUAAAUAUAAUGAUUUCUCCACUACCAUAAUUAAUUCUUUUCUUGCAGGUGGUAAAAGAUCUUCAAAUGGCGCUAAAAGUAAAUCGUAAAGUACUUGAAUUGGUAAUGGUGAUUGCCAUGUAGGUCCUUUGCUUCCUCGUCCCCAUCGAGCACUUCCUGCUCGUGAACUAAUUGAACCCACACUAAACAAACUGCUCAAACUAUAUGAACUAGCAUUUAGAUGAUGUCCUCUUGAUGGUAUUUUUGUUUCUUCAACAAGUUCAUUUGUUUCCUCUAAAAGAGCUUCUCGUGCUUGUAAAACUCGUUUCUCUAAUCCUAUACCAUCAUCUAAACUAGUGGAAUGAAAUCGCAAUAAUCCUCGACCAGGUGCUAAGCACCAAGCAUGUAAUUCACAUCCUACUUCACUGAAAUAUAAAAUUUAUUAAUCAUUUUACAAUAUCAUGCUUUAUUUAUAUUAUUUAUUUAUAUAAAUUUAAAUUACCUAUAAUAUAAAAUAACUCCACGUUGUCUAUCAAUAAUUUCGGAAUAAUGCGCAGCAUCAUCCAAACAAUUACUUUUAUUUCGUCUCGAUCUUUCUGCCCAAUUCAAAGCUUCUUCAGCUCUAUUUAAACUAAUUAGUACUUUUUGUAACAUUCUGUAUGUCUCUGAUAAUAAUUCAGAUUUAUUUGGUUGUCCACAAGUUAGAGUUGAAGAAAUUCCGUCUAAUGAUUCUAAUAAAUUUGCUGCCUUUUCUAAAUGUUCUACAGCAAUAAUUGCCUCUCCAGCUUCCCAAUGAACAAGACCAAGUCUAUGUCUCAAUCUAGCUGCUUCUUCUCUUCUUCCUAAUCCUUCAGAUAAAGAUAACCCAGAUUGUAAGUAACUCAAAGCUCGUGAUAAAUCGCCACAUAAAUGAUGAAGUCGACCUAAACUAGAAAAUGCAGCUGCUCUUGCUGGUUGAUCUCCAGCUGCUGCUGCAAGACUUAAUGAUUGUUCUUGUAACCUUAUUGCUUCUUCAAAUUGUCCUAAAGCUUCUUGAGUUAUACCUAAAUUUGCACAAGCUCUAGCUUGUAAUCCAGCUGCAUCUAAAGCUUCAGCAAUUGAAAGUUCCAAUUGGUGAUGUCGUAAUGCAGAAUUUGGAUCAUCCAUUAAUAAAUGAACAGCUCCUAAUCCACUAGCAGCUUCUGCUUCUGCAGCUUUAUCUCCAAGUCCCCUGGCAAGAGCUAAUUGAUGUGAUAAACAACUAACAGCUUGUUCAUGGUUACCUAAUGCAGCAUGUACUCGACCUAUAACAAAUUUAGAUAUUAACAAUUUAUAAUAAAAAAAAUUAAUAAAUUGAAAUAAAACAAAAUGAAAUUUGCAAAGUAAUAAAUUCUAUUUUCGGUAGAUACAUUGAAAUAAAGAAUUAAUUUCUACAUAAAUAGAGUGAUACUAUUAUUCUUUCCCUAUUUUAUUUUUGUUAAUAAAGUUUUAUAUAAAAUUAUAUUUAUAUUUUAAAAUUUUUUUAUUUAGAAUAUUUUGUUAAUAUUUAAUAUUUAAUUAUUAAAAUUUAGAACUUUAAUAUAAUUUUUUAAAUAUUAAUUACCUAAAUCUCCGUAAGCUGCGCCUCUCGAUUCUGGACUAUCAACUUCAUGUGCAGCUACUAAUCUUUUCUCAAAACAAACUAAAGCUUCUUGUAAAUUUCCAGUUGCUUCCCGAGCUCGGCCUAAACCACGAUAUGCUCUUUCUUGUUCUCUUAUACUUUUUAAUUUUGUAGCAGCUGUUAAUUGUUGUUCGUGACAUUUAAUAGCUUCCUCUGGAUCUCCUAAAGCUUCAUAACAAUCGCCUAAAUUACCAAGUGCUCUUGCUUUAUUUAAUAAAGCUGUGCCUGUAGUUAAUGGUUCUAAAGUCGCUAAUUGUUGUUCAAAGUAACCAAUUGCAUCUUCAUAAUGUGCCAUGUUAAGUCUAGCUAUUCCCAAAUUUCCUGUUUAAAGAAAAACAAUUUGUAAAUUCAAACAAUUUAUGUAUUAUAAAUAAAAUUUACCUAAAGCUUGAGCUUCAACUCCUGAAUCUGCUAAUUCUUUUGCUCUUUCAAGCUGUUCCUGAUAACAUUUUACCGCAUGAGUAUAUUGACCUAAUGCCAUAUGUACUGCUCCUAAGUUCCCAUGAGCUCUACACUCGCCACGUAAAUCACUAGCUUCUUGUCUUAAAGUUAAUUCUUGAGUAUGAAAUCCUAAUGCUUUAUCAAGAUUUUUCAUUGUCCGAUGUGCGAUACCUAAAGCUCCAUAAGCAGCAGCUUCUAGACUACGAUCGCCCGCUUGUCGUGCUAGAUUUAAUUGUCGUUGAUGCAUUUUUAUUGCUUCUUCAGUUUCACCAAGACGUAAAAGACAAUCACCAAUAUUUCCCAAAGCACGAAAUUUUCCAGCUAAAUGUUUAGUCAUAUGUGCAAUAGCUGUAUAGAAAUUUUAUUUAAAUUAAUUUAAAACAAUCUAUAUAUAAAAUUUAUUUUAAUAUUUUUAAAAUAUAAUUAUAAGAUUAUAAGAUAUAGAUAUAUAUUUAAUUGUAAGAUUUUCUUACCUAAAUAAUAUUUUUGACAUUCUAGAGCUGUGUCUAAAUUUUCAAGAGCUAAAUGUGCUAAUCCUAAAUUACAAUAAGCUCUUCCCAUUCCAGAUUUGUCCUGUAAAUCUUUAGCUAAUGCUAAAUCUUGAUCAUAGUAUCUAACAGCUUCACGAUGAUUACCUAAACAAUAAUGAGCAUAACCUAAGAAAUGACAUGCUUUAGCUUCGCCUUCCACGUCAUGUAGCUCCUGAGAUAACAUAAGAUAAUUUUCAUAAUAUGGAACAGCUUCUUCAAAUCUCCCACGAGAUGAUAAACAAUUGGCAAGAUUAAGCAAAGCACAUGCUUCACCAGCUGUAUCUUUUAAUUCACGUGCUAUAGCUAAAUGAGCUCUGUAAUGUCUUAAUGCUGCUUCAUGACCUUGUACUGCUUGAUAUGCAACUGCUAAAUUUCCAUGUGUACUAGCUUCUGAACUACGAUCAUUAACCUAUUAAAUAAUUUUAUAAUAUAUAUAUAUAUAAUAAAUUUAUAAUAAUAUAUUUUUACAAUAUAAAUUUAUUUUCAAUUUUUUUAUUUUAAUUUCUAAUUUACCUCUUUGCUUAUUGUUAAUUCUUGUUUAUGAUAUUUAAUAGCUUGUUCAUAAUAUCCUAAUGCAUUAUAAGCAUUUCCAAUAUUUCCAUAUGCUCUACCCAUACCAGCUUUAUCUCCUAAUGACCUAGCAAUUCCUAAAUGAGCUUGAUGUAAUUUAAGUGCAGCUUCAUGUUCACCAAGUAAUUGAUAAACUAUUCCUAAAUUACUACAUGCUCGACCUUCAGCAAUUUUGUCUUUUGUAGCUAAUGCAACAUCAAGUUGCCUCUGGUGCCAUAGCUUAGCCUGUGCAAGAUCACCUAUAAAUGCACAUAAAAGAAUUGUAAUAAUAAAUAAAAUUAAUUAUAAUAUAAUAAAAUUAAUUUUUUAUUGAUUUUUAUAUUUAUUAUUUCUAAAAAUUCACCUGCACAUCUUGCAGCAUGACCCAGCCCAGCAUAUGCUCUCAUUUCUAUUGCUCUAUCACCAAGUUCUUGAGCUAUUCUUAGAACAUUUUCAUGAUAAGCCAUUGCUUGACCAAAAUUUCUUCGAUAGUGAUGAGAUGAACCUAAAUUGCUAAAAGCUCUUGCUUCUUCUACACGAUCUCCUAAGCGUCUUGCUAUUCUUAAAUGCUGUGUAUGACAAUCAACAGCACUUUCAAAUUCUCCCAUUGCUAAAUAAACUGCUCCCACAUUUCCUAUUUCUCGAGCUUCUUGAAGUCGAUCUCCCAUUUGUUUUACUAAUUGUACACAUUGUUUAUGAGAUGCAAGUGCAUUUGGUAAAUCACCAAUAGCUGUAUAAACGUGACCGAGGCUAGUUAAAGCAGAUGCUGCAGCCUGAGUAUCUUUGCACUUCAUAGCUAAAACCAAUUGAUACCUGUGUGCUGUUAAAGCUUCCUUAAAACUGCCUUUGCUAAAAUAUGCUGAGCCCAGAUUUCCAUGAGCUCGACAUUCACCCUGUGUAUCUCCUAAAGAUCGUGCUACACCUACAAACAUUUUUAAAAUUUAAAAAAAAUGUUCUAUUUAAUUAAAUAUUUAUUUUUUUAUUUAUUCUUAAUAUUUACCUAAAUCUUGUUGCAUAUAAUUGAUAGCUUUAUCUAAAGAAUUUAGUGCCCAAUAUGCGCUAGAUAGAGCAGAAAAUACAGAACCUCUCAAUUUUAAACUACAAGAUCCAAUAGUUAGUGCAGCUUCUAAUACACCAGCUGCUGCUUUAUAUUGUCCUGCUCCAAGAAGUUCUUGACCAACAACAGAAAUGACAACAAAAGGAGAUUCAUCAAGUUUCAUUGCACGUAAUUGUUGAAAUGUUGGUUCUAAUGUUGGACGUAAUGGUGACUUUAAUGAUGCUUCCACAAGACCAGAUAAAAGUUGACAAUUGGAAGGGUCAUGUGCCAAACCUGUACUAAAGGCUACAAGAGCCUCUCCAUGCCUUCCUAGACAUUGUAAUGCAACUCCUUGACGAUAGUAUGCCUAAUAGAUAGAUAAUAAUUUGAGACAAUACUUUUAAUAAUAAUUUAAGAAAUAAAAAAAAAAUUUUAAUUUACUUUUGGCCAUUGAGGACUAAGUUCAGUGGCUCUGACAGCAUCUUGAAGAGCAAGUGCAAAUAAACCCAUUUUAAGCCGGGCAGCUGACCUGUUUGAAUAUAGCACAUGGCUAAGUGGAUCCAAAGCAAGGGCUUCUGUGUACAAACUUGCAGCAAGAGCAUAAUCACCAUUUUGACAUGCUGCAUUGCUACGGCGUACAGUUUCUAAAAAUAAAGAUCUUGAUCCAGCGGCCAAGGCCGACGUACCUUCGGGCUCCACCUUAAAAAUUUAUAAAAAAUUGCAUUAUGUUGUUACUAUGAUUAUUAUAUUAAUUGAACUUUAUAAACAUAAUUUUAUUAAAAAUUAUGUUUAUAAAUAAAUUCUACAAAUUUAAAAAAAUUUAUUUUAUUAUUUUUAUUUAUUUUUUAAAAUUCAAUAUUUAAUUAUUGAAUUUAAUUAUUAAGAUUAAGAUAUUAUUUUAUAAAAAAUAUACAAUUAAAUAUAAUUCUAUUUUAUCAUUUUUAAUAUAAAUAUAUAAAUUUUUAAUAAGUUUUUUUUUAUUUAUAUAUAUUUUAAAAAAUUAUAUAUUUAAUAUAUUGUAUUUAAUGAAUCAUAAUUUAUUAUUAUAUUUUAAAUUAUCAAAAUUUGUAAUGAAUAAAAAAAUAAAAAACAAAAAUUUUAAAAA